CCAACAAACACAGGACUCCUGAAUAUAUAAACCUUCAGCGUUAAUUUCUCCGUCAUUGAAAACUAAUGAUUUCUCAAUUCAAAGGCAUAUUUUUCACACAUUCUCUUCCAAAAAUUCCCAAUUUUCCAUACCUCAAAGCUUUCUCCUCAUCGUCAUCACCCGUUAAAAUGGAGCCAAAAGACCCCGCACAAACGCUGCUUCUACUCUCUGGCAAAUCCAAUGAAGAGAAUGACGUGGCAAAGGUAUUAAAGGACAAAAAUACCCUUCAACUGCAUAAAAAUGGUGAACAAGUUGAUGUUGUUCUUCAUUCAGAGCUCAAAACAACAUUCGAAAACGACGCGUUUCGAAUCGAAGAAUACUUUAAAUCACUUUCGACUAGGCGUUUUGGGAGACUACUUAUUUACUCUCCUAAAUUGUCUUCAACUCAUGACGUUAUUUCACAAAAUAACUCUGACUUACCAGUUGGUACAGUGUGUGUUGCUGAUGUGCAACUGAAAGGGAGAGGCCGUUCAAGUAAUGUGUGGCAAUCACCAAAGGGUUGCCUUUUAUUUUCAUUUUCAAUACAAAUGGAGGAUGGCAGAGUGGUGCCACAUGUGCAGUAUGUAGUCUGUCUUGCCAUGACAGAGGCCAUUAAGGCUGUCUGUUUGGAAAAGGGAACUCCACAUCUUGAUGUUCGAAUAAAGUGGCCAAAUGAUCUAUAUUUAGGUUGCCUUAAAGUGGGAGGCAUUCUAAGCACAUCUGUAUAUAGGUCAAAGAAGUUCUAUGUUAGUGCUGGAGUUGGAUUGAAUGUGGGGAAUGAGACGCCUACCACAUGCUUGAAUUCUGUUUUAAAGAGAGUGAAUCCUCUCUCACGUGAAUUGAAAAGAGAAGAUAUUGUUGCAGCCUUUUUCAAUAAAUUUGAGAACCUUUAUGACGUUUUCUCAGAACAAGGAUUUCAAGCUCUUGAAGAGUUGUAUUAUAGGACUUGGUUACACAGUGGACAGAGGGUUAUUGUGCAGGAAAGAAGUGACGAUCAGGAUCAAUGCGUUGAAAAUGUAGUCACCAUUCAGGGUUUGGCAUCCUCAGGGUACUUAUUAGGAAUCACAGAUGAUGGUCAAAUGUGUGAGCUACACCCAGAUGGCAACAGUUUUGACUUCUUCAAAGGGCUUAUCAAAAGAAAAAUGAGCUGAAGGAGAUUCAUGUUCGUGUCUUCUAACAAAGGGUCUAUCCUUUCUCUCGUCUUUUUUGCUCACUUCAAUUCAUGUAUUCUCUUUUUAUUUUUGUUUAUCGGUUAUUUCUGGCUGAUUUUCUUACAGAUAGUCUUUCUCGAACUAUUAUUUGUAUUGAUUCGUUAAUUUUUUAUAGAGCUGGAAGUAAGAUUGAUCUA